AGUGUCUUUAUGUUAAUUGAGAAUCACCAUUUUUGCAAGGGUAUUUUUAUGAAAUUCUACAUAACAAAAUACUUUAUAAAGUAUACGUUUAUUGAAAAUCUUAUGAUUAUCCAAUUAUUGUAUAGAGUGCGUUAUUGGUCAAUUUUGUACUUUUGCAAAGUUCCGAGCUUUCAGGUUAACUUUUAUGAGGACACUUCUUUAAUGUUUUAAAGUAAACAAUUAAUUAUGAGGUUAUUUUUCUUAAUUCGAAAUGGGUUCAUUGACCAGUAGACAAAACGCUGGUGUUGAAGAGGUUGAUAUUGUGUCAAACCAUGCUUACAAAUAUCCACCACGAUCAGGUAAUUACUUCGGAAGUCAUUUUAUAAUGGGUGGCGAAAGGUUUGACACACCACAACCAGAAGCAUAUCUUUUUGGAGAAAAUGCAGAUUUAAAUUUUCUAGGCAGCCGACCAACACCUUUUCCCUAUCCUCCUCCACAAGUGAAUGAUCCAACAAAAACAUUAAAAAGUUUAAUAAAUAUCAGAAAAGAAUCUUUAAGAUUAACUAAAAGUAUUGAUCCUACACCAACAUCAUCAAAAUCUAAUGAUACUAUAAAUGCCAUCAAACAUUAUGGAGAAAAUGAUAUAGAUAAAAAAUCUACUCGUUUUAAUAUUGAAUUUACAUUCGAUUGUGAUGUAAGAUGUGCAAUUACUAUUUAUUAUUUUUGUACAGAAGAAAUCACAACAAAGGGGCUUUCAUACAUUCCAAGAGAUUCUUCAAUGAGUUCAGAAACAUAUCACUAUAAAAAAGGUGCUAACCAACAAUUUAUUCAAACAUCUCACGUUUUCGAUCCAAGUUUAUACAAUGAAGAAGAUUUACUUUAUAAUACCGAUAAAGAAAUUAUUCCAAUUGCCAUUCACUGUGUUGCUGAAGAAGGAUCUGAUGAGCCCAAACAAUCGCACACAACGAUAGCAGUAGUAGAAAAACAUUCAGAUGGCUCUUAUAUUCUAAAAGCUCUUAAACAAAAACUUUAUGUAGAUGGACUUUGUUAUUUACUUCAAGAGAUUUAUGGAAUUGAAAAUAAAAAUACAGAAAAUACUAAACAGCAAGGUAGUGAUGAAGAUACUGAAGAUAAUGGAUCUGAAUGUGUAAUUUGUAUGUGCGAUGUAAGAGACACUUUAAUUCUACCUUGUAGACAUUUAUGUCUCUGUUAUGGAUGUGCUGAUUCAUUAAGAUAUCAAGCUAACAACUGUCCCAUUUGUAGAGCACCUUUUAGAGCUCUUUUGCAAAUUAAAGCUCUUCAAAAAGCUACUGGGGCUAUAAUUUCUAAUCCUCCAUUACCAGAAGGUAGUUGUGAAAAUAUUCCAACAGGAUAUGAAGCAGUAUCUUUAAUUGAAGCUUUAAAUGGUCCAUAUACUCCAAGAGUUAUUGCUCCAGCUCCAGAAUCUCCAGAUGCCCCCUACACCCCGGAUACUCCUGAUACUGACACUGCUAAUGCUAUUCAAGCCGCAGAAGCUUUAAACAGGUCAUCCGGAAGAGCUCCCAUUUCGAAACACGUUGGCUUAAAAGAUGCAGAACUUGCUGGUGCUAGAUCUAGUGGAACUACUCCAUGUCCUACGCCAGAAUUUCGUAUGUCAGUUUUAUUAGCAAGGGAUGAAACUGCUGGAUCUCAAAAAGAUCUUCAUAGUCGAUCUCCAGGAGUACGAGCAAAAGUAUCAAAUCAUCCACGUGAUAAAAGCGUAUUUAGAGCAAGAGACACUCUAAGACUCGUCAAUGAAAAACAGCCAGCUCAUUACGAUAGUCAAGGACACGAUGAAGACAGUGAAGCCGAAAAAUUAUCACCUCUUCUAGACUCAACAACGAAUACAGACCCUCGUAAAUCUCAUCGUAUUUGUGAUAUGGAUAUGGACGAUGAUUUGACUAAUGUUGUUACUGAGAAUGAUGAUGAAAUAAACUGUAAUUCUCAUUGACAAAGAAUUAAUGUUUAUACGAAUUUAAUGUCAGAAUCACCAUUAGUUCGCAAGAUUUAUCAUUAAUAUAAAAUUUAUAAAAAAACUUACAAUUGUAUUAUAGCAUUACCAAAAGUGUAAUUAAUUAAUUGGCUAACAUUAACAUAUUUUAUAAGGGAAUUAUCAAUGUAGCUUAUAUUGUCUGAUAAAGUUAAUUUGUUAAAAUUAUUAUGAACUAUUCUUUUAGAUGCUACUGCAGCAAUAUGUAUUUUUUAAUAUCUACAGAAUUAUAUUUGUAGUUUAAUCUAAGUGUUUUAUCAACUUCUUAUAGAGUAGUUAUCUAAAUGUAAAAUAGGUAUUCAUUGUAAUUAAAAAGUAAUUUGGAGGAUAUAGAAUAAUAUUUAAAUUUACAA